CUUGAUAUCGUACCUCUCCACCCGGACCUUGCCCGUCUCUCCAGAAAAAAGGAUCUCCUCAACAGAGUAAGCUGGAUCCAAGCAAAUUUCCUCGAAGGCCUUCCAUUCCCAAACGAAUCCUUCGAUUUCGUACACGUAAAGCGUAUCGCUCGAGGCGUACCAGAGGACAAGUGGGACGAUCUCUUCGAAGAAAUCACUCGCGUGAUGAAACCAGGCGCAGCAUUCGAA